AUGAAACGGUUAGCUGGCGCACCAGAAGACCAUGUUACACCAUCAAAAAGGAGAAGAACGUCUCCUACAACUAAUACCAUGGGUGACAGUGGAGAUCCAGACCCUGAGAAGUCAGAUUCUGAGGAACUUAAUUUCCCGCCCAAUGGCGACCCGCCAAAACUGGGCAGCUCUGACGCAUUGCUCAAUGAAAUUGCUCAAGACUUUGAGUCGGAUGAGCAAACUGACCCAAAAGUCGCUCAGAAAUUGGCGGAUAUUGUCAAUAAGCGAUGGGGUUCUAAGUUAGAGGAAGCCAAAUUAAAAGAAAAAUUGGCGAAAUACAAUCGACCCGAUAAUUGCGAGAAAUUAACUGUGCCAAAGGUCAACCCCGAGAUCUGGAAUAAGCUGAAGCACGUGACCAGGAGCGCAGAUUUACGCCUUGCCAACAUGCAGAAAGUACUUGUCAAAGUCGGUAGUGCAAUCGCUAAAUCGACUGACACACUGUUGGCUAUCCGUGCAGAUCCUGAGAAGACUUCAGCGUCGGCUCUCACUGAGAAAUUGGGGAAAUUAAUCACGCAUAAUGCUGACGCUCUGGCAUUGUUAGGCCAUGUAAACAUUGACCUAUCAUACCGUCGACGCGACGCCAUCAAACCAAACUUAAAUAACGAAUAUUCCUCGUUGUGUGGCUCUCAAGUACCCAUCACGAGUUUAUUGUUUGGAGAUGAGCUGCAAUCUCAGCUUAACAAUAUCAAAGCAACUAACAAAAUUGGCCAUGCGACUACUGCAAAGCCAUAUUAUAUUUCUUAUGAUUCUUUGAACAUUGCCCAGGAAGGAUGUAGUGUAUUGAGAACACAGUAA